AUGGCAGACGAAUGCUCUCAGACUGGUGAUAAUAUCACAAGUAUUUUUCAAGGGAAUGUUUGGAAGCAAAUGAAGGUACACCACAAAGACAAAAACAUGUUUCCUUUGUAUUUAUAUUUUGAUGAUUUUGAGUCGUGCAACCCUCUUGGGUCAAAAUCUGGAAUACAUAAAAUUGGUGCUGUUUAUAUUAGCUUAGCUGGUGUACCCCCUUUGUAUUCCAGCACAUUAGAUAACAUAUUAUUGGCCCAGCUAUUUUAUUCAUCAGAUAGAACUGAAUUUGGAAAUAAAAAAGUAUUCACAAACCUCAUUCAAGAGCUAAAAUAUUUAGAAACUAAUGGUAUAUGUGUUAGUACUAAAUCGGGAAAGUAUCAAAUAUAUUUUACGUUAUUUGCAAUUUUGGGUGACAAUUUAGGUCUAAAUGCAAUACUUGGUUUUAAUGAAAGUUUUAACUCGACUUACUUUUGUAGGAUAUGUAAAAUGUCAAAAGAUAUUACACAAUGUUCAUCAUCUCUCGAUAUGAGUUUAAUUAGAAAUCCUAUAAAUUAUGAAGAAGACGCCUCUUCUUUGUCAUUCGGAAUUAAAGAACCGUGCAUUUGGAAUGAAUUAUGUUGUUUUCACGUAACAGUCCAAAUUUCAUGUGAUGUAAUGCACGAUUUGUUGGAAGGGACUCUUAGGUAUGAAAUGGCAUAUAUAAUAAACAAAUUAAUUAAUAGAAAGUAUAUAACGUUACCACAUUUAAAUGAAAGAAUAAAAUACUUCAAAAUUUGUGAGGCAGACCGUGGAAAUCCAAUACCGGAAAUCAAAAAUGAGCAUUUGAAAAAAAAUUAUAUUACCAUGAGUGCAUCAGAAAUGUUAGCUUUCGUGACUUAUUUUGGUAUGAUCGUAGGUGAUCUGAUACCACAAGACGAUGAAGUGUGGUUGUUUUAUUUAUUAACCAAUGAAAUUGUUAAUAUUCUGUUUAGUAAGACAAUAUCAAAAAAGACAGUAGUAUAUCUUCAAACACUACUUGAAGAACAUCACGUAUUAUAUUCUGAACUGUUUAAUACAACACUUAAACCAAAACAUCACAUAUUACUACAUUACCCAUCACUAAUUCUGAAUAUUGGUCUUCCUACAAACUUAUGGACAAUGAGGUUUGAAGGCUAUCAUAAAAUAUUAAAAAGCAUUGCCAAUAGCAUUACCUCUAGAAAAAAUAUUUUACUGUCUUUGUCAAUAAAGAAUCAGCUCCGCUUGUCAUACAAAAUUUUAGCAAAAGAAGGCUUUUCAGCCAAUGUGCAAUACAAAAUUAUUAAUCCUGAGUUGUCAAGUAGUAUUAGAUCAAUUAUAAGGAAUACAUAUGAAAAUCUGUGUUUAGACGAAGCUUUUGAAGUUUCUUGGGUAAAAGUAUAUAAUAUUUUGUACAAGUGUGGAUUUGUGCUGGAAAGUUUUAUAGAUGAUGAAAAUAAUAAAACGUGUUUUUGUAGAAUUGAUCAAAUUUUUAUAAUCUCCCCUAAUUCUAGCGAUAUUGUGUUUUUUGCAUCACGGUUGCAUACAAUUGGUUACGACACACAUGUGCAAGCAUACGAAGUAUCUGAUGAAACUUUUGGUUCCAUUAUAUUACGUUACAGCGAGAUUUCUAAUAUAACACCGUAUAGUACGCAUCACUCUAGUGACAGAACUCUUGUGAAAUCUUAUUAA